UGCGAGCCUAUUGCAAGAUGGCGCGGCCCAUUGAUUGAAAUUUACGCGUGGUGGUGGUCUCCACGACGCGGUAAUCGAACCGACCAUGAACGAAUCUGAGCGAUCGCGUGGAGAUUCAUUGCGCAGCCGACUGAUGGCCGAGGACGAUUACAUGCUUCGGCUGAUUGACACGGUGCCUCCGAAGUACUACUUCGACUCUGACACCGUGGAGGCAUUGACCGAAGAGAUCAACUCGAAAGUGGCCAACCGGGUACAAGGCUCGGGCGUCAAGAAGGCACACAAAAUGGCGCGGCUGGACCCAGGCCUUUUCCAGACUGUCAGUCAGCUACUGCAGGCUGGUGAACCGAAAAGCAAGAAACCCCGGAAAGCCAAAUCGAGCCUACAUUCGGCUGCACUGGAUCGGGCCAGUUCUCUGGAUGAGCUCCGACAGCGGCUCAGCCACAAGAUUGAGGCUCUAAGAGGAAAAAGACCAGCAGGAGGGGAGCGCAAAGCCACCAAACCAGCUGCCAAGCCAGCUGCCAAGCCAACCCAGAACAAGCGACACAAGCCAACUCAAGACACCCUACCCGCUGCGAGCAACAAGAAAGCAGAAAAGACCCCCCAGGCAGCGCCAGUCUUCAACCGCGACAGCCACAUGGUGUACAGCAAGUUUGAGCUGGCAGGCUCAGCAGCAGGGACCGAUGCGCGUCCCAAAGUUGAGAAGAAAAAGCUCGUCCAUCAACUGGAGGUGAAGGCAGAAAAGAUGAAGAACCUUGAGGAACUUGACCCAGAGCGUGCGAAAAAGGCGCAGGAGAAGCAGAAGUGGCACAGGGCUCUGGACAGGGCUGAGGGGAUCAAGGUGAGGGAUGACCCUGAGCUGCUGAAGGCGACGCUGAAACGGCACGAGAAGCGCCGGCAGCAGAGCCGCAAGAAGUGGGAGUCUCGCACUGAGCACGUCAAGCAACGUCAGGAAGAACGCCAGCAGAAACGUCGGGACAACAUCAAGGCACGCAAGCAAGCCAAGCUUCAGACCAAGAUGAAGCGGCUAAAGAAAAAGGGGCACAUUGUACCAGGCUUCUGAGAAGAUUAGGGGUUUUGGGGGUGCAACAUACAUUUCUAAAAAAAUAUGACUGUCUUGAAAACUACUGUCUUGUGUUAGACCGGCUUGCUCAUCAUCACCCUUCUUCAUGUCACACUGAUAGAUACAUUAGUAUGCAUGCCAUGCUUUAUUUCAUUUUGACCAUCCAUUCAGUAAUCUUGCAAAUGAGCAGAUGUGAAAUAUACUAUCGGUUUAGUAAUUCAUGGUCACAAAAUUGUGGCACUCAAAUACAGGAUGAAGGAAGACAGCCUUGUGUGUGCGAGUGACAAUUGCUGCAUUUUAUGUAACAGCAUAGCCUUUUCAAAUCCAAAUCACUACCGUGAUACAUCCUGGUGUCUGUCCUUAGCCAAGGCAGUGGACCCUUGCAUUGAAAUAGGUUGUGUCAUUGGCUCUUGUGAUCACAGUUCCUCACAGCUGUCCAUUUCUAGAUUAACUAUAAUGCAGGCAGGCUAUUUUCAUUCACAUAUCCUACUCUUAGGCAGUGGAAUGGCAAAUUGCUGCAAUGUAGUAUUUCGCUCAUCUCCACACAUUUGGUAAGUUACACACAGUAACACGCUGUAGUUGUCCUCGCAAUGGCCGACCUCACCAGGCAUCAGAGAACAUGUAACUGUUUAUGGACGUGGUGGGAUGUACUACGUAUGCCUGUAGCUUCUAAUGUUCUACUAAAAUAAAAGCUAUGGGUUGUGUCAGCCAACCAGA